UAGCGGAUCUCACAUGAGAGCUCAGACCAAAAUUCAAACAUGGUUACUCCAUCGGAUAAUGGCACUCUCGUUCAGCAAAGGAAUGCAACCGAAUCUACUCCUAAACGUCAAAGUAAAGCGCCUCGAGACAUAUAUAAUUAUCCGUUGAGUCCUCUAGGUGCCGUUCCCAGAAAUCCGCUGCCGCAGAACUGGAAAUUACCUUAUGAAAAUUACGAUCUAAAUGAGGAAGAUUUGCAACGAUUGAGAAAGCUCAGAAAGGAGUCAGACGAAGCGCGUGAGCGCCAAAAGGCGCAUCGACGCCAUCCUGCUGUUGUUAUAGAUGAAAAUAGCACGGCCUACACUAAGAUCAAGGCAAUGAAGGCACAGCGGGAGAGCGUUCGGUGGAACCUCCUGGCACUCGGUAUAACGUUCGUUCUGUCGGCUGGACUUCUGGCAUACAUCUAUCUCAAGUUUUUGCCCAAUCUUUCAGAUGAGGAGAGAACGCACAUCAAGGUGCCGCGAGACAUGGAUGAUGCGAAGGCACUCGGCGUCGUGCUGUCUAACUACACCGACGAACACUACCGCCACGUCGUCACUGGAUUCUUUCUCACCUACAUCUUCUUGCAGUCGUUUGCCAUUCCAGGAUCAAUCUUCCUCAGCAUCUUGUCCGGUUACCUGUUCCCGUUUCAUUACGCUAUUGUCCUUGUCUGUUUGUGUUCGGCACUGGGCGCUUCAUUCUGUUACCUGCUCUCCUAUCUCGUCGGGCGUCGACUUGUUUUAAGAUAUAUCCCAGAUAGGGUCACACAGUGGCAGGAGAAGGUGGCGCGCCAUCGUCAGCAUUUACUUAACUACAUCAUCUUUCUUCGGAUAACUCCUUUCUUGCCGAACUGGUUCAUUAACAUAACCUCACCCGUCAUCAAUGUUCCGCUGUUUCCAUUCUUCAUGGGAACAUUCCUAGGUGUGGCGCCACCUUCAUUUGUCGCCAUUCAGGCCGGAACAACACUACAUGAGUUAACGUCAUCACGUGAUGCACUCUCCAUCAGAUCUGUCGUACUUCUCACGGUCUUUGCCACUCUGUCCCUUGUCCCAGUAAUAUUCAGACGCAAGCUGCAGGCGAAGAUGGACUGAUUGAGGUUGCAGGGAAAUCCACAUCGAUGACAAUAGCCGCUGCAAUAAUUUAUGUUUGAUUCUCCUGCCAUACCAUUAACACCUGUCGAGAGAGCAAGGGUGUAACAUAGAUGCAUCAUCUGCCAAGGCAAUCACUUGUCCAGUUUUUAUCUUGACUAUAGUUCUUAUACCAUUCGUACCAGAUUUAAAAUGACUCUAAUCACAAUUUUAUUGACAGCUAUCCCUGUAGUGGUGAGUGCAUUUGUAUAUAGUCAGAAGCAUGGGUUUUAACAUUGAGCACAGCAUUUUCCAAAAGCUAAAUGGCGAGGUAAUUGUACACUCGGUAUGAAGUGCAGAUGCCUAUUUAUCAAAUGGUGGCAAUGAUCUGAAUCAGAAUAUUAUAUCUCAAUCAGAUCUUUCAUGGACUUGUGUAUCUGUAGCACACUGGCAACCUUUACACAUGACGCGUGCUGGAAGUUGUGAAUUUUAUCUUCUUGGAAAAUCCGUGAUGAAUUGUCGUGUUGAUUUCAUAUCAUGAUACUGUCUUUCUAUAGUGGUCACUGCUCAGUACAAGCGGUGAGGUCUUUGUGCGUGUAGGCAACAUGUGGGCCUAUAUUUAAUGUGUGUUUAAUUGUUAGCAUUUAAAAUUCAUAUGAUCAUGUGGUAACUGCCAAUUUCCAUGGUAACACUACAUGCACAGUUACAAAAAACGUAGAGAACUUGACAUAGCCCAGAGAAUGGCAGAUACGUAAAGCCUGUUGUUUGAGUACUCUACUUGAAACAUUCCCAUUGUGCUUGCUAACUUUGGCUUAUCUCUGAUCUCUGAUCUGCUCUCAUCCUCUAUCUCUCAUCACCAAUGCAUUAAAAAUGUAAUGUGUUAAUUCAAUGUUAGUUUUAAAUGCAGUUAUAUAUAUAUAUAUUGGGUUGUUUGUUCGUUUGCAUGCUGUUUAGUGUAUAACCACUCGUUGAAAAUCACAAUGGCCAGAUCGUUUGCGCAAUCUAUUCUUUUUGCUUUUUGUCAAGAAAUAAACCAAAUGCACAAACAAAA